AUGGCAUUAAACGUCAAUAGUCUUAAUUCAAAUGAUAAUUAUUGUAAACUAUGUAUCGAACAACAAAUAUUCGAUCAGUUAGCAACCUAUUUGUGUAAACAUUGUCAAACGUCGAUGUGCAAUGAAUGUUUUCAUCAGCAUACGUACUCAAUAUUAGACGAAUACAAUCAUGUACGAGAUAAAUUUAAAAAUAUUUCAGUACAAAUGCAAAAUAAACGACAAUUACUCGACACAUUCAAAGGUCAUUGUAUAAAAAGUGUCGAUCAAUGUUUUGAGGAAGCAAUCCAAGAUCUUCAUUCACUUCGAAAAGAAUGUACAAAUUAUGUCGAUGAACAAUUCAACAAUAUGGAAAAUGUUAUCACUGAAUUUAACAAUGAACUGAAUCCAAUUACUGAAAAACUUUCUUUAAAUUGGUCACGAGAUGGUACAAGUAAUAUUGCAACGCAACAAAUAAACAAUCGGCAAAAUGAACUUUCUCUGUUCGAGAAAAAAUUAGAACAAUUUACGCCUAAUUUAGAACUAAAAAUUUCGACAAUGCCGCGAAAUUUAAUCAAAUUAAAAUGUGCUCUAAUAACAAAUACAAAUAAAGAUGAACAUCACUUUAUACCAAAGCAAGCAGCAAGAUUGAUUUUAACACGUUGUACAUGCUACACAACAGAUACAGGUGAUAAAGUUGACGUUGAAACGCAAAUGGAAGAACUAAGUCCUGUAGUAAGUUCAACAAAAGACGUACAAACUGAUACAAAAAUGGAAGAUAUUAAUAAGUAUAUAACAGCAGCUGGUCUUAUUUCAUCAGAUAAUGGUGACGAUGAUGACGAUUUUUAUUCAAUUUAUGAUGAAGGUGAAUUAAAUAAUAAAAUUUCUAACGAACAUUUCUCAAGUAGUAAAUACGAACAGUCAACAAUCGUAACACAAAAUGAAGUUGAUCGUAUUGCAAGUGAUGGUUGCAAUUUUCUAUACUUUUCUGACACAUGCAAAUCGUUAUGUUAUGUUUAUGAAUUAGUGAGAACAUCAACAAUGACAACGAAAGAAAUUACAAUUCAUUGGCGACAUAAGCCCCUACUCGAUCUUAUUUGGUGUGAUAUGAGAAAACAAUAUUUAUGCGCAACAAAGCAAGGAAUUUAUUCUUGUGAGUGUAUUACAAACGAUCACAAUACUAUUGAUGUUAAUGAAGAAUUAACACAAAAUUGGUCUUACGUUCGUUUGUCAGCUAUUGACGAUACAUUAGUCGUUUGGUCUGAUACAACUCGAUCGAGUGAAUUAAAUUUCUAUAAUUCACGAACAUUUGAACAUACAAAAAGUUUCAAUUUACAAGAUUAUUCAAGGUUUCGUGAUAAUAGUACAAGUUUUUGUGUAUAUAAAAAUUCAAUUGCAACAUUAUUUCAAUUUAAACAACAUUAUAAUCAAUCAAGUAAAAAAGUAUUUCAUAUUACUUUAUGUGAUAUGAAUUUAACAGAAAAGUGUACUUUACUACUUGGCGAAUGUGAUAUUGAUCAUGAAAUUCGUGCAGAGACUACAUCAGGAACAUUAUUUAUUACAAAUGGAAAAAAAAAAUUAUGGAUUGUUAGUGAUAAUGGUACGAAAAAAGAAUAUGUUCGAUUACAACGCAUCGGACGAGCAUUAGCUCCAUUGAAAGACAAAGUAUUAAUUGCCAAUGGUACCCAGGAAUUACAAUGUAUCACGUUAAAGAGAACAUAA